AUGCAAAUGGUUCACGCGCGAAUGCUUGCUGUCAGGGCGGUAAAGGGCACGAGGACUAUGUUCGCUUCAGAAGCGCAGCUGAACUUGUGGAGCAUCUCUCACUAUCAUGUUGCGCCGGCGGAUGCACAGAAGGAUGCUGUGGGUGUGUUCCGGCCAACGGCUCCACAAGCUUGUGCAUGUCCCUGCAUCUUCACAGAAAGGCUCCUCAGCGGCGCCGCCGCAUCGAAGAACGACGAGGAGCCUCUCCACAUCCCUCACUACCAUGGGCCCUUCCUCCGGCACUGGCAACACGCCUACGACCUUGCAAGCAGGACCCUGGCCAACCUGAGUCCCUGGCAGCGUGUGCGCCUGGUCCACGGGAAAGGCUGGCGAGGCUGGCAGCUCACUCCAGGCUUCUAUGUGGGUACCACGGUCGGUCAUGCGCCGGAGAACAUACCCUGGCUGAAGAUGCAGGAUAGCGGAAAUGGCUUCCGGUCGAUGCUGCCAUCGACGGUGGGAACCACCAUCGUUUGGCCGAGCCCGCUUGCCUUGGCGGCCACCUGGGACAUCCAGGCUGUGGGGGAGCAAGCCGGCGCACUGGCCACGGAGUUUCGAGGCAAGGGCGCCAACGCCAUGCUGGGACCGGGGCUCAACGUCAACAGGAUCGCCCGGGGUGGGCGAAACUUCGAGUACCUGCCCGGUGAGGAUCCCUUUCUGGGUGCGACCCUCACGCGAUCCUUCAUCUUCCACCUCCAGCGCAAGGGCGUCAUGGCCGUCUUGAAGCACUUCGGCUUCAACGAGCAGGAGACGAACCGCAACUGGGUCAGCUCCAUCGUCGACGAGCGCACGGCGUGGGAGCUCUACUACCCCCCCUUCGAAGCUGGCAUUGACGUGGGCGCUGCAGCGAUCAUGUGCUCCUACAACAAGGUACCGCAGCGCUAA